GGAGGGAGCGUCGGUGGGGUUGGCAGGCCUGCGCCACCACAACAUUGGUGCACUUCCUCUCCAGCCCAGGGUCCAGCUCCGGGAAGUGGCUCCUCUCUGACACUGGCCACGGCGGCAUUAUCAAAAUUGCAGUUUGUAAAAACUGGAUUGGACAUCUACCUAGAAAUCUGACCACGUUAUUUUGAAACUAAUCCCCAGCAGUGAAUUAGGAGACAUGAAGCAUGGAAGCAAGAGUAAUCAAUGUCACUAAAAGUAAAUGUGUGCGGUCCAAAUGGCAACAGCAACGAAGGCGACCAAUGGGGCCGUGAUACAUUCUGACGCCCGAUUUGCAUCUCUGAAUUCUAUGACUGAUCCUCUUCACUUGUGGCCAGGAGUCGAAAGCCGCGUGGAACCGUAUGAAGUGGUAGAACUAUACUAUGGAAGCAGUACAGCAUCCCCAGCUACGCAUGCAUCUCAACUUUCCCCCAGAUCAGCAGGAACCUCUUCUCCGGAGGUCAUGCAGGUUAUAGAACAAACGGUUAAAGAAAAGCUUCAUCCAGAUUUCUACACCUGUGAAGUAUGUGGGCGUAAUUUCAAAGAAGCAUCGCACUUCACUAAACACAAACGGGGAGCCCUUUGUAGAAAACUGGCCCAACGUAUGGCCAAGAAGAAUAAGAAGAAGAAGGCCUUAGGAAAUCAAGAUUCUACAGAUAAGAGAAAUAAACAAAGAAAUCUUCAUAAACCAUAUCAGUGUAAUGUGUGCGGUGCUAAGUUCUGUGAUAAAGUAAAUGUGGAAUUGCAUCUCGAAAGACAACACAACAGCCGCCAGCAGCUAUGGGUUGAAGUUGCAAAGAGUGGGGGUUUCUCAUGUGCCGAGUGUGACAGGUGUUUUCAAGACAAAGGAGAGCUGACGGAGCAUCAGAGACAGCACAUGGCAACGUACCUCCACCACACUGAAAGGCUAAAUCAUGGAGCAGAAGCUCAGAAUACAACUGUAGUGUACUACCAUGAUCCCCUACAACAGGUCCAGGCUUACGGGCAACAGCCGCAGCAACCUCAACACCUGCCUCCGCCACCUGCACCCCCACCCAUGGCCCACAUGCAUACAAACAUGACCACUAUUCUUCACACUCCGCAGCUACCCCCGGCAUCACUUAUUCCUGUGUCACAACCUAACAAUUCUCAACCCCCUCUCUCCACACAUUCUACUCUGUCAAGUAUGCCAUCUAUAGGAAUAGUAGACAGUGUAACAAAAGGUUUAAAGAAUAGUAAGACGGAUAGAUUAGCUGCAAAUAGUAAAUGGAAUAUAUGUGGAGAUUGUGGCCACAAAUUUGUGGAUCCCAUGAAUUUAGAGCUUCACAUUCAACGGAAACACCCCGAUUCGUAUAUGAUAGAAACUAUUAAUUUAGGUGGUGGAACUAUUCUCUAUAAAACAAAUAAUACUCGUUCAGAUGUACAGUGCUUGAUAACUCAGACUGGUUCUGCUAAUUCAGACUUAAAGUUAAACAAAGCAAAUCCUCAAACAUUUGAUUGUAUAUUGUGUGGUUAUAAAGCUACUUCUAAGAACUACAUUUUGUACCACCUUCAGAAUAUUCAUAGUACAAGCAAUACAGACUUCAUUCAUGUUUUAGAGACCCUAGAAUCUGGAAAGAAGGGAGUUAGAGGAAUAAAGGGAAGGAAGGGUAGCCAGGAUCCUCUUCUGCGUGAACAGCGACAUGUUUGUGACGCAUGUGGUGAAGUAUUUCUUUCUAAAGCUGAACUCAUUCGUCACCGCAUCAAAGAUAAACAGUACAUGUGUGGAGUGUGUUGCCAUGCAUCAUGUAGCCAACAGCAAGUAACGACCCACAUGGCAACUCAUCACCCACACCAUCACCCAUCUGUGAGUGGAGGGUUGUCAUGUUGGAUUUGUGGUUCUAUAUCAGUGUCGGCUUCGAUUUUAGAUGAACACCUAGUUACUCAUGGUAAAAUAUCAGCAGUUUGUGUAUCAUGUGGAGAAGGUGGAGAUAGACUAGGAGCACUUCUUCCCCAUGUAGGUGUCCACCUGCCUCGACAGUCUACUCGUAUACGCCUUACAGUGGACAGACCUGGACAGCCGCCUUCAUCACACACACUCGAGGUGGCUGUGGACGGAACCAUUCACAGUGGAUUGAAUGUGAACCGUACAUCUCCGGUUUCUGUAGAGGCUGUGCCUACCCGUAUUGCUCCAGCUUAUGCGUGUAGUGAGUGUGGUGCUUGCCUGGCAGGAGCUGCACAGUUAGAGGCUCAUCUACAGUUGCAUCAAAUUAAUUCUGUCGCCACCUCUCAAGCAGCAGUAUCAUCCUCCAAUAAUUCUGGGACCUUCACCAGUACCACCGCCACUAUGGUACCAGUCACGUCUUCAAUGCAAUCGGCAAUAGGAGCUUCCGUUGAUUGUGUUUUCCGAGUUCCUGGGUCAUUUGAAUUUCGUUGUGAAGAAUGUGGAUUUUGGCGUGAAGACAGCGAACCCGUUAUGCGCCACAUACAAGCUGUACAUAUGUCUGGCAAUAUGUUACAUUCAGUAAAGCUUCAAUCUGGUUUGGUACAGAUUCAUCCCAUCCAUGUUGUAACUCCUAUUAGUUCUCUCUCCUAACAACGAAGCACUAACAAUAUAAAAGUAAAUUAAAUAAGUCGGCUGAUAAAAUCUAGUGGUUUUGAGUCCUGUACAUUUUAAUAAUGCAUUGUGAAAUUACCAAAUGCUUUGAAGCGUGGACACUAAGUGUGUUUAUAUGCCCCGAAUACUAUGAUCAUAGGGACGAGAGGGUUUAAUUUCCCCAUCUCCAAGGCUGCAGCGUGCAGGUGCCGACAACAUGGCUAUUGAGCCAAAACAAGGCAGUGUGUGUGUGUGGUAUAAUCCAAGGCAGCUUAGUAUGCAUCACAGAGAUAAUAAAAUCACUUUUUUGAAUUUCUAAAGUUUAUUUUUUAUAUAUACUAUCACAUAUAGCAAAGUAUGAGUGAGUUAUAUAUAUAUAUAUAUAGAGUAUAGUGGUUUAUUUUGCAUUCAUCAGAGUUGCAUGCCGAGAAUGGUGAGCAGAGAUACAUCAAAACAUAGAAACUGGUUUGUUUAGUUAGCUCAUUAAAUGAACUAAACACAUCUGUUACUUGAUAAAUCUUUAUCUUUGAUAAAAUGUUUUGAUUAUUCAAUGCAUUUAUAUUGAACAUACAAUGGAAUCUUGUAUUUGGAUCAUUUUUCUUGCUGGAUUCUAGCAAAUUGCACAUUUUCUAAGUUGUAUUCAGUAUUCUAAAAUGUGGACAUUGGAUGCCUUAUGCCAGUUAAUUCACCGAAAGUAGUGGCUCUUUCAUGUUCUUUGUCAGCUUUGGACAAUUCAAAGUGCACUUGUUUUGUAUCAAAUCCAAGGCCCUUGAUACAUUUUUUCUUGUGUUGGCCUAAUUUUGAGUGCUGAUGUCACCCCAGUGGCCACAAUAUCAAAGAGUGGCAUUGGUUUGAUGUUGAAUCAAUGUAAUUUCAACAUUGUUGAUGAUUUGGUAUUUGGCGAUGCACAAUCGACUUGAGAAUGGUCCAGGACGGACCAAAACGUUGUCGUCCCUUCACCUUCUAGUGUGUGGUCUGGUCAACAUUGGUGUUGAUCUUUGAUAUUGUGGCCACUGUGUUAGUGUUCCUCCAAGACUGCUAAGUAAAUAAUAUUCCUCUUCAAGGACAGAUUAAUUAAGUGUUUAGAACAUAAUACUAGUAAAUAGAAUACUGCAUAUAGGGAAGGGAUGCAGGCAGAGUCUUUGUGUGCUGUUGGCAGAUUUUUUGUUUUCGUCCUGCUUGAAUUCAAUAAAAUAGCGUCGCCAUUUUGGGCGAGUUGCAGCCAGACCUGACCCACUGGGUCCGAUAGCAAUGCCAAAUUCAGUAGUGAAUCGACAUAAACAUUGAUUUAAUGCUGAACCAAUGCUACUUUGAUGAUGUUAUCACUAGGUACAAAGUGGUCCAACUGUAUUAAUCUAAAACUGAUGUGACUUACAGAACAUAUUUAAGCUAUAACCUCACCUCUGCUGAGUGUUUCUGGCACAAUAUGGGUAUGGCUAUGUUGCAAUCACACUUCUAUAG